AUGUGCUGGGACCCGGUGGCCGGGACCGUGCUGGCUAUCGGGCCGCUCCAUCCUUCCGGCCUCCUGCGCGUGCAUGGGUGCUUGUGCGCGCGAAUGGCCGGGACGUCGGCCGGGGCCUGGCAACAGCGUGCCCUUGCCCGGAUGAAGGACGCGGCCAUCCCCCUGGCCGGAGACUUUCCGAAGAGGGGGGCCGCCUCGGCGCCGCCGGCGAGGCGGCCCAGCGGCGCGCGCGGUACGACGUCGCUUUCGGCGAUGCCGGUUGUCCAGUCGCAGAUUAGCGUGACCCGCCCGACCGGCGCAUCGCCUGCCACCGACGUCGGGACCAUGGUGGCCCGGCACAUGGUGGCGCACGAGCGCGCCCACCGGGCCAACCUCCAGCAGCAUGCCAAGCUCCACUGGGCCAGCCAGCAGCUGCCCUUCCACCCGGAGUGGCGCUCGGUUCGGGCCUGGUUCGGCCCCGAGCCGGCGGCCUACUGGCAUGACAGCGACACAUGCCCGGUGCCCCAGGGCCCCGGGGCGUAUGCCGAGUGUGCGGCCAUGCACCGGCGCCAUGGGGCCGAUGCGGACACCCUGCCCGGCGCCCUGGCCAGCUUGACCUGGUGGCGGCGCAUCCUCUGGGGCCCGACGUACACGAGCGAGGAGCUGGCCAACCAGCUGGCCGGCCGCCAGCCCGUCACGUCGACCUUCUUCGAUUACGACCGCGAGAUGAGUGCCUGCCGGGUGGAUCCCCACCUGGAGGUCCAACGGCCGGCCGGCAUCGGCAAGAGCACCCUGGUCACGCCGGCCGAACGGCCAGCCGCCGCGCGGAUUCGACCCGACCAGAUGCGUCCAGCCCGGGUGCUGGACUACAGCCAGUCCAACAUGUCGGAUCGGCUGCGCGGGGACAUCCGCCGGGCCGAUCGCGAGGACCGCCAGCUGGCCGGCACCCCGGUGGCCCCGAGCCCCGGGCCGCAGCAGCUCGCGCUCAACUUUCUCAAGCGGCUCAUCUGGGGCGGCAGUGUCCGCCCGAUGGACGGCGGCCAGGCCCUGAUGAAGGGCCCGACCGUCGAGCAGAUCCGCAACGGCUUUUCGCGCAACGACAUCCCGCUGGCCUUUCUUCAGCCCGGCCCAAUGGACCGCCGGGCAUGGCGCCUGCCCACCGGCAUCGGGGUGAACCUCGCCCGGCAUGUGGGCAACUCGAUCGGCCUGACGCGCAUGGUCCACACCGUCGGUGAGGCCAUCGAGCGCGGGGACCGGCUUCUGAGCCAGGUCGCCCAGGGGGCAGGAUCCACCGUGUCCGAUACGCUGCAAACCGUGGCACACCAUGUGGUCACCGAGGCCGCCGAUGCGGCCGUGCAAAAGCUCCAUGGCGUGGGCAGCUCGGCCGCUCGGCUGGCCAAGACCCCGGCCUUGGUGGAUGCCCAGCGCCGGACGGCGGCCACUGCCGAGCAGGCCAUCCGCUCGGCCGAGAAGGGCGCCCGGCAGGUGACCGAGCAGGUGCGCGGCCAGGCACGCUGGGCCGCCGACGCGGUGGCCAGCACCCUGGCCGGGGCCCCGGCCGCGGCCGAGCGCCUUCGCUCGCAGACCGGCCAGGCGGUUUCCCACUUGCAAAAGGAGGGAGCGGCCCUGGUUGAGCAACUGCAGAAGGACGGCUCGGUCUUGGUGGACAAGCUCCAGAAGGAGGGCGCUGCCAAGUACAAUCAGCUGGUGAAGGACGGCUCGGCCACGGUCAACCAAUUGGUCAAGGAGGGCACGGCCACCUACCAGAAGCUGCAGCAGGAGGGCGCCAGCCGGGUGAAGAAGCUCCGCCAGGAGGGCGCCGCCACGGCAGACCGCCUGCAAAAGGCCGGCACGGCCAAGUACAACCAGAUGGUCAAGGACAGCGCGGCCCAGCUUGCCAAGCUGCAGAAGGACGGCGCGGCCGUGGUGUCCAAGCUCCAAAAGGACGGCACGGCCAAGUACAACCAGCUGGUGCAGGAUGGCUCGAUGAUCGCCGACAAGCUCCAGAAGGAAGGCGCUGCCACCUACAAGAAGUUGGUGAAGGACGGCUCAGCCGCCCUGACCCACCUGCAGAAGGAGGGCACGGCCAAGUACAACCAAAUUGUCAAGGACGGCACAGCCAUCGCCAACAAGCUGCAGAAGGACGGCACAGCUGCGGUCAACAAGCUGCAGAAGGAGGGCACGGCCAUGGUCAACAAACUCCAGAAGGACGGCACCACCAAGUACAAGCAACUGGUCAAGGAUGGCUCGGCCACCUAUCAGAAGCUGCAGAAGGAGGGGGCCGCCAGCUACAAGAAACUUCGCAAGGAGGGCACGGCCACGGUCAAUCGUCUGCGUAAGGACGGCACGGCCAUGGUCAACCAAUUGCAAAAGACCGGCACGGCCAAGUACAACCAGAUGGUCAAGGACAGUGCGGCCCAGCUGGCCCGGCUCCAGAAGGAGGGUGCCGCCACGGCAAAGCGCCUCCGCCAGGAGGGCGCCGCGGCGGUGGACUCCCUGAAGAAGAACAGCCCUGCCGCUUUGACGGCCCUCGGCAAGGAGGGCGCCGCCAAGUUGGCCCAGCUGCAGAAGGAAGGCACGGCCACCUACAACAAGCUGAAGGAGGGCGCCGCCAAGCUGACCCAGCUCCAGAAGGACGGCUCGGCUUUGGUGACUCAGCUCCAGAAGGACGCGACCGUGGCCGCGGAGCAGGCUCGCCGCCAGGCAGACCUCCUGCAAAAGGAGGCCCGCCGCGGGGCGGAGCGCCUGCGUGCGGCUGCCCUGCAAAAGCAACGCGAGCUGACGAUCGGCGGCCGGCGUCUGCUGAGCCGCCUCGGCUUCGAGGGGGCCCUGCAACGGGCCCAGCUGCUGGCCACGGCCCUCCGUACCCCGGGCGGCGUCCAGCGUCUGUAUGCGCAGGCUCGCGCCGCCGUGGCCGGCCUCCAGGUCCCCCCCUUCGAUGCCAUGCUGACGGUGGCCGGCCGGGCCGCACGCGCGGUCCAGCACCAGUGGGCCACGGCGGCCCGGGCCCUGCCCGGGGCCGUAGCCCGUCUUGAGGCUCGGAUCGCGGCAACAUGGGCCCAGCUCGGCAAGCGCCUUGGCGCGAUGGCCGGUCGGCCGGCGGCCGACUUCUUCCGCCGCUUCGGCCAGGCCCUCGGCGACGCCUACCACCUGGGCAAGGGUGCCCUGGGGGCCGGGGCGCGCGCGGUUCGCGCCGCUGGCGCAUGGCUCCGGCCGUGGGUUCGGGAGUAUGCCCAACUGACGCGCGGCAUUGUGCGCCAGAUCCAGCAGGAGUUCCAGCAGCGCGGCCUCUACCGCGCCCUGACCAUGGCUCGCGACAAGGUUCGCGCGGCGGCCGGCCGCCUUCGGGCCCGCAUCCCCGCCACCGUGGCAUUGGCCCGGGCCCACGUCCAGCGGGCCUGGGCUCGCCGCGGCGAGUGGACCGCCCCGUUGGCCGCCUUCCUGGCCGACAGCACGCUCACUCGCCGGAUGACCCUGUGGCUGGCCAACCUGCCUGCUCGGGCCGGACGCCUGACAGGCCAGUCACUCCGACUGGCGGGUCAGGCACUCCGGCUGGCGGGCAAGUCGGCCGUCUGGUCGCGCGAUCGCCUGGCCGAGGCCACCUCCACCAUCUUCAGCAUGUCGCCUGGGGACAUUAUCCCGGCCGCCCUGCGCCGCCGGGCCUCGGGCGAGGACGUCCAGUACAUCCUGCCCCCGGGCAAGGAGGCCCUCUACACCACCGGGCGCCGGGGGAAUCUGUCCUCCGCUGCCCGGAAUGCCGGCCUCGCUCUCGAUGUCGGCGGUCGGUCCAUCCUGAACACCGUUCGCGAGUAUGUCUGUGACGAGGAUCAAAACCGUCUGCGUCACAUGUCGACCAGCCCCUCGCGCAAUCCCUUUGACAUGAGCACACCGAUCCAGCGCCCGGGCUACUGGUCUCAGGCCGCCCGCAUGCUGAGCACCGUGCUGAGUGCCUAG